UUCACUUCCUGGAUGUGCACAGCUGACAGUGCUGCACGAUGAAAAUACUCACUUUAUUGAGCCUUUUUUGCACCUAUUUAUCAGCAAACAGCUUAAAUAUCGAAGACAGCGCGGGGCAGUUCUUUAGCAGCGGUCACACUAACAACUGGGCUGUACUGGUGUGUACAUCCAGAUUCUGGUUCAACUACCGACAUGUGGCCAACACUCUGUCCGUGUACAGGAGUGUCAAGAGGCUGGGCAUCCCUGACAGCCACAUAGUUCUCAUGCUGGCUGAUGACAUGGCCUGUAACCACAGAAACCCCAAACCCGCCACAGUGUUCAGCCACAAGAACAUGGAGCUGAAUGUGUACGGUGACGACGUGGAGGUGGAUUACCGAGGAUAUGAGGUGACGGUGGAGAACUUCCUGCGUGUUUUGACCGGCAGGCUGCCGCCCAGCACUCCUCGCUCAAAGCGCCUCCUCUCUGAUGACCGCAGCAACAUCCUCAUAUACCUGACAGGCCACGGAGGAAAUGGCUUUCUGAAGUUCCAGGACUCUGAGGAGAUAAGUAAUGUGGAACUGGCUGACGCUUUUGAGCAGAUGUGGCAGAAAAGAAGGUACAAUGAGCUGCUCUUCAUCAUUGACACCUGUCAGGGCGCCUCCAUGUACGAGAGGUUCUACUCCCCAAACCUCAUGGCUCUGGCCAGCAGUCAGGUUGGAGAGGACUCCCUGUCGCACCAGCCAGAUUUGGCAAUAGGAGUCCACUUGAUGGACCGUUACACCUUCUACCUGCUGGAGUUCCUGGAGGACAUCCACCCUGCAAGCAAAGCCAACAUGAAUGACCUGUUCAAAGUGUGUCCCAAGAGCCAGUGUGUGUCCACACCAGGCCACCGUACUGACCUUUUCCUGAGGGAUCCAGGAAGUGUGCUCAUCACUGAUUUCUUUGGUAGCGUGCGCAAAGUCGAAAUCACCACGGAAACCAUCAACUUGACCGACCCCAUCAAGCAGGUGGAGCAGAGUCCUGUGAAUGAAGAGCUGCAGAAAGUGACAUACUCGUAUGUGGACCAGCUGCCAGUGUCUGAGAUCAUCCAUCAGAAACCAAAGCAGAAAGACUGGCAUCCUCCUGAUGGCUUCAUCCUGGGCCUGUGGACUCUAAUCCUCCUGGUGUUUUUCAAGACGUACGGUGUGAAGCACCUCAAACACAUCUUCUGAGGCCUCGGCGUUUAUGCCACCGGAUAUCUGUGGAUGGCUUUUAACCGAGGGGAUAUUAGAGGGAAGGUGCGAUUUGUGACAGGCUUAUUUUCCUGAAAAUGGUACAGAGACAUACGGCGCCACAACUGCUUGGCAGGAACUGUGAUGCAAUUGGUGCCUUUUUUUAUUUCUUUUGGAUGAUUGCUCUCGACUGCUGAAAUGUAAACAUGUCCAGAUGUGACAAGGGAGAAAGGACAAGUACUUGAACAGUCAUGCAUCAGAUAUGUGAAGCCUCAUCUUUGCAUGGAGCAGUACGGCCAUUUUUAAGGGUCCAACCCCACAGGGCUAAAACUCUGCUGUUUUUGCUUUCACUUCUUUGUUUUUUUUUUUUUUUCGGAAAUGUUUCACAAAUUCCUGUUAGAUUGUACAUCGUAAAAACAUGUUAUUUUCACCAAUGACUGGAAGGUGAGCGCAAAUGCUGAUAAAGAAAUUUGAUUCAAAUCAGCCAGAUGGCAGCGCCAUAAUUAACGCCUGGAACUGGUGCAUGCGUGAGCAGUGCGUGGCGGCAACCUUGCUCAACUGCUGCAUCUUGCAUGCUUGUGGUGUUCACACUGGCAGCGUUAUUGCUGUAAUAUUUCUGCAGGGCUGCUUGCUGCUCUGAGUACUGUAUUUCCAUAAUUUAAACACAUACCCCACUUUUUUAUUAAGCCGUGCAAGCUCCCGCAUUGUCGACAACACAGCCCGGCAAAUAUUUCACAAUAAAAUGCCUUGUGUCAACAACUGAUGGGAUUCUGUCGACAGAAACGCUGUCAGAGGGCUUUUAUUUUUAAAUGGAAACAUGAAAAGUUGAGUAUAACAGAUGUGUUUGUAUUUCCUUAUGUUACCGUUUUUCUAGUUUUUCUGCGCCUGAGAAGCAGCUGAGAUGUGCCUGACCAGCACUGCAAAAAAACAAGCAAACAAAAUAAAAAUGCAACAAGCUCCGCAACACUCACGCGCUGCUCACGCUUACAGUGUGUUACAAAUGUAAGAAUUGGCAUUGCAAAACACAAAUUAGGCUGUAAAUCUGACAUUGGUUGUCUAAUGUUUCCAAAACUUGCAGAAUAUGUUUCAUAUGCAUGUUUCAUGCAUAAAAUUAUUUAUAAAAUUAAAACAGGCACCAUGAGUUCCAAGCAAAAGCAUUGGCAUUGAGCAGAAAUUUGGCCAUAAAUCAAUGACAGUUUGUUCGAACAUCACCAUACUCGAUGCAUAUUUAACAAAUCUAUUGAAGCAUGUCUUCAAAAUGUUUUUGUGAUUGACCAAUAGGAAGUGACAAUGUUUCCAAACAAGCAUGUGGCCCAGCACAGACUUAGACGUAAAUGAAUGAGCGUCUGUUCGAUCGUCAUAGAAACUGUUGGUUAUCUUAAAUGCAGAUUUCGUAAACUGUCAAAGGUCUACCCAGCUUUUGUAGUUUAGAAGUCAAUGCUGGCUUGAGCCCCACAGUUGCUGCUCCUGGCUAUAUUUGCUGUUUUAUUUAGCUCUUUUUGAUAACUUAUAUUUAUUUCUUUUUGUGUAAAAAGUUCUGUUUUUGCAAGCCAUAAUUGCACUGAUGUGGUUCAAAAUGCACUGAAUCGAGUCCGCAGAUAAGAAUUUAAUUCAUUUCCGGGAGCGCGCCACUCUGCAUAUUUCAGCAGCCUUUUUGUUUAAGUGCUACUCAGAGCGUCUGCUCGGUCAGAAAAAGGAAGAGUGUGGCAGGAGGGCAGGCUGAUUGGCUGUGAGUGGGCUGUGAAGAGAUUACCAUUUAAUGUCUCCCUUGUCCAUAUACAUUACACCCCUUGACCGUCAUAUCGCGCUUGUGAAGGAUAACAAUCGCGCAUAAUCCCAUCUCGCAUGAUGGACCCAUCCACUUUCCCAUUCUCCAAAUUGCCCUCCCUGUGGAAACAUCCAUUAGCUCCCCAGCCGUGUACUCCGCUGAUUGUAUUUUGGGUGAUGGACAGCUAUUUCCCCGGCCAUUCCACGUCUCGCGCUACAGCAGCGAUAAGUGAGUGAUAACCUAGUAAGCCGCCGGCCGUCCCAAAUGAAUCUCCUCUAUGCUGGGACGUGUUUUCCUCCCUUUUUCCCCCCUCUACCUUUCUCUGCAUGUGCAACCACUCUGCAUUAGGCUCAUUGUUGGGGGGAGUGACUGAUGCUCAAAGCAUAUGGAUUGAACCUGUGGUAGUUUAUCUUUGCUCCUUGGCGCGAGGACCCGCCCAUUGGGUGCCCGCUGCUACUCUCCCUCGCGGCUCAAGUGGAAAAUAGAUGGAGUUGGAAAUGAAACCAUAUGUAUCGGAAAGCAGCUGCUGUGUCAGCCGCCAAGUACCUUUUCUUAUACAUUAUUUAUGCAACGCCUAUUUCUUCUUCCUUUUUCCUCCCUGGUUAUUUCCUGUAAUGUCAGUCCUCCUGGUCCCCUUACAGAGAGCUCAUUUUAUUCCCUCAAUUGAAAGGAUUUUGAUACCCUGAUUAAAGAUGAAACAUUGAA